CUUUAAGCCGGUUUUCACCUGAACAACAGGAACAGGCGAUCUUCGUUCUCAAUGAGAGAAUCCAUUCCAGGUUGAUUCCCUUAAAGCACCCCUAACUCCCAGGUUGCGUGACCACCUCACCCACUCUCGUGCCCAACAGCGCCCGCCGCCACUCACUACGCUACAAAUCAAACCACCAAAACGCCGCCCGUGCCAGCUCAAACCACCACAAAUCUAAAUUAUCUCAAUCGAAUCAUAAGGAAACAGCAACAAAGAAAUGGGCCAGCACCUCCUCCUCCUAGACUUCGACGGGACAAUAACCCAGCACGACACCCUGCAUUCCCUCGUCUCCCUCGCCAUUGCCGCCUCCCGGCCCAGGGCCAGCAAGCACGACAACGACGACAGAUCCUCUGCCCUGACCGCCCUGUGGGAAGAAAUCGUCCGCGACUAUGUCGCCGCCCACGCGCGCCACCUCGCGGGGUACUCCCCGCCGGCCGAGGAGCGCACGACUCUGGAGCUCGAGGUGGCCUUUCUCGAGAGCCUGAAGUCUGUGGAGGCGGCGUCUGCGGCUAGGGUCAGUCGGGCAGGGUUUUUCAGGGGCCUCAGUGGGGAUGGGUUGGAGGAGCUGGGGCGGCGGGCUGUCACGUUGGGCACGGCUACUCAUGGUGGUAGCAAUGGUGGCGGUAAUGGUGGGGGUGAGGAUGGGAAGGGAAACGGAGAAAAGGGGGCAGUGAAGGUGAGGGAGGGGCUGGCGGAGUUUGUCGAGCGGAUGGGCGGGGAGGAGGGCAUGUGGGAUCUGGCGGUUGUGAGCGUCAACUGGUCGGGGAGGUUCAUCAAGGGUGUAGUGGAGGGUAGCUGUCGAGCCGGGGACAGAAUAAGGCGGAUAGUGGCCAACGGGAUAAGCUGGCCCCACGGGGAUAUUCAAGGGCCGGAUGACCUCGGCGGGAAGCCGCUUGCUACCGCUGGGGAUAAGCUAAGGGCUAUGCGGUCGCUGCGGGAAGGGUUGAAGGAGCAGAAGGUAGUGUAUUUUGGGGACUCGACGACAGACCUGCCGUGUUUGAUUGAGGCCAAUCUCGGGGUGAUCAUGGCCGACGACGUGGAGAGCAAGCUGCUCAAGACGCUGAGGAGGGUCGGGUUCGAAGCACCACAUGUGGGGGAAGCCGGGCCAGGGAGCAGCUUAGUUUGGGCGAGGGACUUCCAUGAGGUCCUGCGGAGCGGCGUGAUGGAAAGGAUACUAGGGUGAGGCCGGUUUCGCGGAGAAAUGGCUGAUAGGCAGCGCGAUGGUUGUAGCGAUAAGCCGGGCAUGUCCCUCUGCAAUUUACAGCCGCCGGCGCAAGACUGGCUUCGUCCUGGACCGGUUCUGUGCUCGCCCAUCGCCACGGCCCUGUUCAGCCGACAUACUCUUUCGCAAAUUGCUACUCAAUGGCCGUACUGUUCCAUUUUGGCCUUUGCCUGGUUAUGAGGAGUAUCAGUGCCUGUUUACCAGCCCGUGUUGCAGCCCGUGUUGUUGGACUUGGCUAUAUGCUUGACUUUGUUCGAACAGCCUGAGAGAGACAAAGACGUCAGGUCUGGGGUGGUCCGGUAAACAAGAUGUCUAGACAACAAUCAACAAAGAGAUAUCUCCUAGGGUAUCUGC